AUGAAUGGGAUAUUUGCUAUUGAGAAACCCAGUGGUAUAACAUCUAACCAGUUUAUGUUAAAGCUGCAGCAUGCUCUAACUAAAAGUCAAGUAUUCUCGAAGGAAAUUCAAAGGGCAACAGCAGAGAGAAAGCAGCAGUACGAAAAGGAGACCGGUAAGAAGGUCAGCAAGAGAAAAUUGCGUAAGGUCUCGAAGGUAAAGAUGGGACACGGAGGAACGUUAGAUCCGUUAGCUUCUGGUGUACUUGUAAUUGGGAUUGGAACAGGUACGAAAAAGUUGGCAAACUAUCUUUCAGGUACUGUAAAGGUCUAUGAAAGUGAGGCUUUAUUUGGUGUUUCUACUACUUCAGGAGAUGUAGAAGGUGAAAUUCUGUCUCAAAACUCUGUUAAGAAUCUCAAUUUUGAUGAUUUGAAGACAGUGGAAGAAAAAUUUGUAGGGCAAUUAAAACAGACACCACCAAUAUACGCGGCCUUGAAAAUGGAUGGUAAACCCUUGCAUGAAUAUGCUCGGGAAGGAAAGCCUUUACCAAGAGCCAUUGAGCCCAGGCAGGUUACUAUUUAUGAUUUGAAGGUGUAUCCAGACUCUCUUAAGCGAGAUCAUGACUAUCCCUUCUUGAAACCCAAGACAGAGGAAGCGGUUGAAACUGUCAAAAAUUUGAAUGCAAACAUGCUAAAUGAUGUUCUAUAUUUCUCAAAAGAAUAUACUGAGAAACAUGGCCUACAGUCUGAGGUGGCAGAAGUGGAAGAAGCGUUUCCAUUGAGUCAGCAAGAAGAGCAGGAGAUUCAAAAAGAAGGUGAGUCUUAUAGAGCUCCAAAAUUGCACUUCAAAGCAAACGUAUCCUCUGGCACAUAUAUCAGAUCUUUGGUGAGUGACAUUGGUAAAUCCAUGAGGAGCUCGUGCUACAUGGUGAAACUAAUACGUCUACAACAGCAAGACUGGUCUCUUGAAAGAAAUAAUGUGUUUCAAUUAGCAGAUUUUACUGAAAGAGACGAAAAGGUAUGGGGUAAAGUAUUGAAAAAGGUUCUAGACGAAGGAGCAAGUGUCGACGUUAUAGAAGAGUUGAAGAAAGCUGAAAAGGAAGUACCAGCUGACGUGAAGGAGGGCACAGUUCCCAAUGAUCAAUUCGAAAGCGAAACAAUAACCGAGACAAAAGAAACUGCCGAUGUCGAACAGCCAUCUAAUACACUCAAGAGAAAAAUUGAGCAAGUGUAA